GGGAGGCAUGGGGUUGGGGGGUUUUGAACUUUUGAAACCCGCUGGCGCCAUGGCCUCACUCCUUCUCAAGCCCUUCAAUUCCUCUCUACGGCUGCUUACACUGCAACGACUCACCCGAUCGCUUACAAAUGCUCCGGACGAGAAGAAAUGCGAAGAUCUGUUGGAUAAGAAGCCUAUUUUCAUUCACCCUACAGCGGUUGUACAUCCCGGAGCCAUUCUUGGUCAGGGUGUUUCAAUUGGUCCCUUUUGUACGGUUGGGUCAUAUGCAAAAGUUGGGAAUGCUUGCCAAUUAUAUCCUGGAAGCCAUAUUUUUGGAGAUACAGAGUUGGGGGAUAAUUGUACUGUUUUGACUGGUGCUAUUGUUGGAGAAGAUCUUCCAGGGCGCACAACCAUUGGAUGCAAUAACAUUAUAGGACAUCAUGCAGUGAUUGGUGUGAAGUGCCAGGAUAUGAAAUAUAAGCCAGGGGAUGAGUGCUUUCUUGAUAUUGGAGACAACAAUGAUAUUAGAGAGUAUACAUCAAUUCACCGAUCUUCAAAAUCAAGUGAAAGAACUGUUAUUGGUGACAACAAUCUUAUUAUGGGGUCUUGUCAUAUUGCACAUGACUGCAAAGUGGGUAACAACAAUAUUUUUGCAAAUAAUACUCUUUUUGCAGGGCAUGUUGUAGUUGAAGACUAUACCCACACUGCUGGAGCCAUUGUUGUUCAUCAAUUUUGUCAUAUUGGUUCUUUUUCUUUCAUCGGAGGUGGUUCUGUGGUUUCACAAGACGUUCCGAGGUACAUGAUGGUGUCUGGAGAAAGAGCAGAGCUUCGUGGCUUAAAUUUGGAGGGUUUACGACGUUGUGGAUUCUCAGCAGAAGAGAUUAAGAGCAUGAGGAAGGCUUAUCAAAAGAUAUUCAUCCCCAAAGAUGCAAAGUUGGGGGGAAUUGAAGACCGCCUCAAAGAAUUGGAGCAUAAUGAAGAAUUAUCCAGCUUUCCCGUUAUACGCUCUAUGGUGCAAUCUAUUCGUGACUCUUUUGACGAAACACGCCGUGGAAUUUGCAAGUUCAGACAUUGGAGUGGCUCCUGAAGGCCACAGUUAUAGUGAGUUGCUAUUAUUUUUGUUCACUGUCAGAUGUAUUUAUUUUGUUUUAUUUUAUUCUUACUGUGUACUAUAAUAUUUCAUUUUUUUCUGAUGAAUGGUCCUUCAAAUUAGCCAAAAUUGCACCUUAAUUAUGGGGGAUUUAUGAUUGAUUGGAGAUCCCUAGGCUUACAGUUUUCAAAAGUAGUCAAGUAAUGCCUACUAUGCAAGUAUGCAUGAUCAAUACAAUA